AUGGCGCUGGGACUGCUCAUCGCCGUGCCUUUGCUGCUGCAGGCGGCGCCCCCCGGCGCGGCGCACUACGAGAUGAUGGGCACCUGCCGCAUGAUCUGCGACCCAUACAGCGCUGCACCCGGCGGAGGGCCAGCAGGCGCCAAGGCUCCGCCGCCUGGACCCAGCACUGCCGCCCUGGAAGUCAUGCAGGACCUGAGCGCCAACCCUCCGCCCCCUUUCAUCCAGGGACCCAAGGGCGACCCGGGGAGACCCGGCAAGCCGGGGCCGCGGGGGCCUCCAGGAGAGCCGGGCCCACCUGGACCCAGGGGUCCCCCGGGGGAGAAGGGCGACUCGGGGCGGCCCGGACUGCCCGGGCUGCAGCUGACGGCCGGCGCGGCAGGCAGUGUCGGGGUGGGGGGUGGCGGAACCGGGGGCGGUGGCGACUCUGAGGGCGAAGUGACCGGCGCGCUGAGCGCCGCCUUCAGCGGUCCCAAGAUCGCCUUCUACGUGGGUCUUAAGAGCCCCCACGAAGGCUAUGAGGUGCUCAAGUUCGACGACGUGGUCACCAAUCUCGGCAAUCACUAUGACCCCACUACCGGCAAGUUCAGCUGCCAGGUGCGUGGCAUCUACUUCUUCACCUACCACAUCCUCAUGCGCGGCGGAGACGGCACCAGCAUGUGGGCGGACCUCUGCAAGAACGGGCAGGUCCGGGCCAGCGCCAUCGCGCAGGACGCUGACCAGAACUAUGACUACGCCAGUAACAGCGUGGUGCUGCACCUCGAUUCAGGGGACGAGGUGUACGUGAAGUUGGACGGCGGGAAGGCGCACGGAGGCAAUAACAACAAGUACAGCACGUUCUCCGGCUUUCUUCUGUACCCGGAUUAGGGGUGCAGGGAGCGAGAGGUGGGGUGGCUUCGGGCUGCUCUGUGCCCAUAGGGGCACUCUCUUCCCCGGCGAGGACCACUUUCUCUUCAUGACACUUCCUGACAUCGUCGGAAAAGACACAACCCUGCUGUCCUUCCUGCCCCACUCCUGACCUCAGUGUGUCACCACGCUGUUGGCUGUGCUCCUGGUUUUCGUCCCCAACCUGGGGAGGGAGAGGGGGAUGCCUAAGUGGCAAAAUGAGCGUGAACCUGAACCCGUGGUGUGGUGGCAGCAUAGACUUUGCAAAUCUGAUUGGACUGGACAGGCCUGGCGGGGUGCCUGCCCUCCUCCCAUCCUCCUCCUCUGAGGGCUCCUAGCCUUGGCCUCUGGGAGGUAGGCCAAAGUGAGCAUGAGCUCCCUGGCGUGCCCUUCUUUGUGACCUGAAAUACUUGUGCAAAUGUCCCUACUGGUCAGCCAAAAUCCCACCCUCAGCAGAAUCCCAACAAACGGAACACCCACCUCUCCAUCGCGUUUCUGCCUCAGCCCCAUCCACCUCGAUGCAUUAAAUUAUGUUUUUAGACUAUGGUCUCUGAUGUCUCUGUCAGCGUGGCCCCAGUAUGGGGCUUCCAGAUGUUCACCUUGACAUAAAGACCCAGAAUAUCUCUGUCUAUGCCCUACUUGCCAGACUCUGCCUUGUCCCUGCCACCUGGCCUGGGUGAAAAGAUGUGGGGAGAUGGGACAGCAACCUGUCACCCUUUGGGGGGAGUCUC